CAUUAAACACCUGUUUGGUCUCCGCAUUUUGUAGCACGUUUCUGCACACUGUAAUUAAUUAAAAGAGAAGGCGUGCUAGCGGGUGAGAGAUGAGAGAAUACUCUGUGUGUGCGUGUGUGUAGUGUGGCUCUAUCACCCUUUUGUUUUCUUUUAUUUUGGCUGAGCCCUUGCUUCACCUUCUUUUCCUUCCAUCGUUAACUUUAAUUCUCCAGCACCGUUCAUUUCGUCCAUUAACUCGAUUGAAAAAGGACAAAGGUAUUGUCAGGUCUCCUUACUUUUACUUCUUAUCCUUCUCCCCGAAACGAGAGCCCGAGUCGAAACUCUAAAGGACAAACCUAUAUUCUUUCCUCUCUCUUUCACUGGCCAAACGUCAAAAACUUGGUUCAUGUCGUCAUCGACAGUGUCUGAUUACGAUUCUUCGUGGCCAUUGUUUCGAACCAACAAAAACAACGACCGAGCAAGUAGGGCGGCACUGCUUGAACAACAAAAGCAGCAACAGAAUACCAAAGACCAGGAGAGCACCAACAACAAUCAACAAACAACGCGUCGAAAAAGCAUCAUGUCUUAUUACACCUCGUUCCAACGAAAUCCGUCAGAAGACUAUAUCACAGAGGAUGGUACGCUCAAGACGUUUACAGCAAAUAAAAACACCAACAGCAAGGGAUCAGAUGGGCACAACACAUUGCCUACUCAAAAAUCAACUGCGAACGUUGGGGAAACGGGAGUACGACGACGCAAGAGCUUGAUGGGAUCGUUCGAAACAAAACUAGGGCGUUCAAAAUCACGGCAGCAGCAGCAACAGAAACAACAGCAGCAAGCAAUGCCAGCAAUAUCAACAGAAGCUAUAUCACCAUUACAAGCAACCUCGUCAUUACCAUCAUCAACAAUAUCAUCGGAUGAGCCGCCACUACCCGUUCCAGACUCACUAGCAGUUUCUCCGCUCUCUCGAUAUUAUCAGCAGCAGCAGCAGCAGCAGUAUCACCAGCAGCCACAGUCGCCUGUGCGCAGCAGUAGCACCAGCCGACACAUGGUACAGGAGAGCAGUAAUAAUUAUAAUUAUUACAACAAAGCAGCAGCAGCAGCCUCGACAGGAGCUGCAGGGGCAGAUCUAGGGGCAAUAAAUUACGACAAUUUCUAUCAACCUACAUUACGCGUCCCAUACGUUCCACCAUCGCCAUCCAUCACGUCAAGCAUUGAACGCAACCCGUCCAUGGAUUCCAACAUUUCCAAAGUCAGUGCCUACGAACCAACGACUGAGGAUUUGUAUGCGACUGCGUCCACAGCGAAUAGCUGGCUCCUAAAACAGCAAGCCGAAAGCAAAAACAACAACAAGAACAAUAAGAGCAAGGAGAGAAGAUCGUCUACUAGUAAUGCUAGUGACACAUUAUACGGCAACAAUAACAAUGACCGCACCCAAUUGGAUCAAGAACAAAUGCUUUAUUUUAACAGCACAGCUCAGCUUCGCCCACGUGGUCGGUCAUUGCGCAAUGGGGAUAGAUCCCGUCAGCAGCAGCAGCAACAGCAGCAGCAGCAAUUUGCUAACAAAGAACAAGAAACCAAUAGCAAAUUGACAAGGGAAGAAGAGCUACAACAACAAUUCUCGGGAUCAGUCUCGUCCUCAGGAGCAGCACGCAACAGCAGUCAUCACCAUCAUCGUGCGUCAAGAUCUCGAUCGCGUGUAUUGAAAUCCCCGCCACCUCCGCCCACUGACGCAGUCGAUGAUGUGCCACCAAGUCUGCCAAAUGUGGAUGUAAGACAGAUCAAGCAUGAAAUCGACACCGCGCCAGCUAUGGUACAACAGCAGCAACAGCAACAACCUGUGCCUCAGCGUGGAUCAUCCUUGACCAAAGAUACAGCUAAUGUCAUCAGUAACGUCAAGCGUAGAUUGAGUUUGGGCAAGGAUCGAAGCAGCAAGAGUAGUGCGGCUGCCGCUGCUGCUGCCGCCGCAAAUGCAAACGAUUUGGAUCGUAAAAGUUUGCCUGCGAAUUUUGCAACAAAUCGAGAUACACGUAAACGCACCUUAUCAAGCAAUAGAACGGCCAGCAUGGUACAGCAACCUGAGCGCCGUAAAUCAGCAACCGCUAGUACUAGCACUGCGUCAGCAUCAACAUGGAGUCGAAGGUCUGGUACAACGAGCGGUACAACGUCGCCUACACCUCCUAUGCCACCAGUCCAUGGCGCCACAUUGACUCUCUCGAAGAAUAGGUCUCAUGAGGAUAUCGCUGCAACUGAUCGUCAACAUCAGCAACUGAUUCCACCCGUACCGCCCAUGCCUCGUCAUCACUCGCUAGCACCUACCAGUACGUCCCAAGGAAGCAAGAGACUGAGUAGUAAAACAGAAGCAGGCAGUAGAGAUAGCAGCAGCAGCAGCAGUAGUGGUGGUGGUCAGGGCCGCAAUACCAGCAGUAUUGGAGCAUUUGGGUUUUCCGGAGAUGAACAGCCGCAAGCAGUGAGUGCAGGAACACGAAAAACACUGCGUCGUCAAGCUAGUCGGGGCUCGUUGUUUGGCGGCGGUGAUACAGAUGAAGGUGAUACAGGCGAAAACAACAAAGCUAAAGCAAGAUCUAUCACUGAUCAAUUCAUCCAUGUUGCGAGAUAUGGCGAGUAUUCGUUAUGGGAUGCAAAAAAAUCAAAUGCUCUUGCACCACCAGAGGGAAAUUCUGUGGCUGCGAACAAACCUUCUGUCAAGAAAUCCAAUACCAGCACCACCGCAACAACAACAACAACCACGCGACGGCGCGGUCAGACAUUACCCGGCAACUUGGCUACACCACCGCUACUACCUCCGCCACCCUUGCCUCCCAUGAAGGUUGAGCCUCUUGCCAUCAAUAUCCCUGAAGGCCAGUUGCGGAAAAAGCCUAGCAAGUCGCCAUAUGGGCAAACAGCAAUCACACCUACGCGUAUCCCCGUUGCCAACAUGAAAAUGUCCUUUUCUGCCACAAACACUCCUAUCGGACGCAGCGGAACGAGCAGUGAAGAGGAGAUCAUUUAUGGUGAUGGCAACAAAGUGCGACGGAAAAAGCCUGAGCGUCGUCUAUCCCGAAGCAAGUCUGGCAGUGGCGGGAAAUCGCCUCGUGUUCCAUCCUCUGCCAACACAUCGCCCAAGGUACGACCUAAGCAUACAAGCAGCAGCACAACAACAAAUAGCAGUGAUGGUGGUGACAAGGCCUCUUUGCAAAAGUACUACCUGUCAACGACUAGUGGAGCAUCGCCUCGCUUGGGCGCUCAAACUAUUGCCGAGACGGCUAGAACCAGAAAAUCAAGUAGCACUACAACUGGAUCCUUGGGUCGAGCCACAUCAUUGCAUGUUCCUACAACUGCAGCAGCAAGUCGCAAGAGCUCGCGCGCAUCGUCCGAGUUGGAAGCCACUGAAAAAGAGAAAAGUAAAAAAACUUUUGAGAUCAAUUUCCUGUUGUGUCUGACACGUUUAAUAUCACGUAUAACUGACGAUAUUUUUUUAUUAUUAACCGAUUCCCCUUCGUAGCUCGUCAACGUACUCUAAGCUUGCACGAUAAGCUCAAAUCCAUGGAAAGCGAACAUUCAAUUGACAAGUAUUCCACAAGUACGGAUGCAUUGGAUAUGGGUCGAAGCAAGACGAGCACGUACCAUCACAGUCACCAACAACAGCCACAUCAUCAGCAGCAACAAGAGGACUACUCAUCACCUACAAUGGUAGCAGUAGCUGGAUCUAGCAAGGUACCUUCAACAAAACGGCGAGCUAGCGAAAGUGCUGCUGUUGACGCAAGCAGCAGCAACAAACGAACACAAGAACAGCAACAACAACAAGCUGGCCAACGUUCACCCAAAAGCUCACAAACGGUGCUGAAAUACUAUAUCCAAUUCUUAUCGUCGUUUGAGCAACGAGAAGUCCGCAAGUUUGAACAUAUUUACUUUAUGGGACCACAUGCCAAAAAGAUCAAGGGGAAGCCUGACGACCC